AUGGACCUCGUUACGCUUCCGCCCCAAAGCGUCAUCAACAACACACUGGGCGCACUUCAAAUCGGCACUCUUUUGUCUUACUUACUUUUCGGCAUCACUACGACACAGGUGUACAUUUACUACACCCGGUUCCCGGAAGAUGCGCCAUGGAUUCGCUUAAUGGUUGCUUUCGUCUGGAUCUUAGAAGCCACACAAACUGGUCUUGUUGGCUAUGUGGUGUAUUUCUACACUAUAACAGACUACGGAGACAAGAAACAUGCUCUGCAGAGCGCGCUGCCUCCUCUCCUCGUCUCGUUUAUCCUUACUGGGGCCAUUACCACCCUCGUUGAACUGUUCUUCAUCUACCGCAUUCACCAACUGUCGAAGAGGGUCUAUGUCCCCGCCAUCCUUGCUGUCCUUCCCUUUAUCUACUUCAUGGGCACAACCGCGUUCACCAUCGCCAGCUUCAAACUAGGGACGUGGGCACACGCGGAAGAAGAGUGGGGCUGGGACAUCCUCGCCAGUGCAAUCCUCAGUGUCGUUACCGAUCUAAGCAUCUCGGCGGCAUUGGUAAUCCUCCUGGCCGGCAAUCGUCGUCGCGGAACUGCAACCACCUCCGCUAUUAUAGACCAGGUGAUCACAUGGACCAUCGAGACCGGCGUGGCGACUAGUUUAUGCAGCGUUCUCAUCCUGAUAUUUUAUGAAACAAUGCAAAAAUCUUUCAUCUGGCUGGCGGUGUUUAUCAUCAAGUCGCGCCUCUUUUCCAACUCCCUUUUGGCCAGUCUUAAUUCUCGCGCUGCUUUGAGAGAGAUACCAAACAUAACGCUUCCAGCCUCGGCGCCGCAAUUCAGUCACGCCGGCUCCCGAAUGGAGGACCACGAGAUGUUCCAUGUCCAAGUCGAAACCAAGACGCAUGUGCAUCGUGACCGACUCGAGGACAGUGGGGUGAGGAAGCUGUGGGACUCAGAGGAGCUUGUCUAG